AUGUUAUGGUUUAUAAUAACUUAUCCCAUUUUCUGUCCCUCCCGUUAUAUUUUUAAUAAAAUCUUACCAUAAUUUAAUCGCUGUAAAUGGCAAUAUUCAUUUAAGUAUUCAAAUAUUAAAAUGGGUAAAAGUGAUGACAGCUCAGUCGUGAUGGACAAUGAAGAAGAGAGCAGCAAAGACUAUCGACCUGGCGGCUACCACCCAGUACAUAUAGGAGAGCUUUUCCUGAAUCGUUACAUUGUUGUCCAAAAACUCGGCUGGGGUCAUUUUUCAACAGUUUGGCUCUGUAAAGACACAAAAUAUGGGACUUAUGUAGCAAUGAAAGUCCAAAGAUCUGCACCGAACUAUACAGAAGCAGCUUAUGACGAAAUUGAUUUAUUAAUAAAAAUCGCGCAGGGUUACAAGGAUCCAAGAUGGAUCGAAUCCAUAAUGAAAUACGUCGCAGGCACCGCAGAAGCAGAAGAAAUCAAAGAAGAAGGUAUGAAAACUGAUCAUUGCUUCGUGGUGCAGCUGCUCAUUUCCCCUCUUUAAAUUGGAACAAAAUAUUGAUAAUUUUUUCAUUUUUGAGUAAAUUAGCCUUUAAAAGGUAAUUUUAUAUAAAAAUAAAAUAUGGCGUCUUCGUCUGGGCAUGGCCUCCCGGCCAUGCAUACUCGACUUAUAUUUUAUUUAUAUCCGGUAAGGUUUUACUACUUCAGAAAUGGACAGCAAUGCUAGGUAAGCAAUUCUGGUUGUGUUCAGAGCCUAGCUCAAGUCUAAAUUCAGAGGUGGUUUUUUUCCUCGUGGGGAAGAUGAGCACGGAGGUUGGAAAGGGGAAGCCCAGCAGAGUCCCUUGGACCGAUCGGGCAACUCCCUAGCGUGAAACUGGGCGCUACGUCCCAGGCUUUCGAGUUCUACCUUCUACCGACAGUCGACCAGAAAAUCCAUUUUUUAUGAUUUUCGGAAAGACAACCCACGUUGUGCGAAUCCCUUGUUUGAGGCAACAAGGAGGGUGUCCGCCGAGGCCUCACCAUGGGCGAAGAGCGUGUAUGGGUGCAAAUCCCCGGCCCUGCAAAUGCGAACGGCUAAUCUUAAUCUUAAUCUUAAAAAAAGGUAAUUUUAUAUAAUUUCUAUAUAAAUAUUUUGAAAACCAAUAAAAAUAGUUCUAUCUUAAAUGGGAGAUCCUAAGUAGGAUUAUUUAAACAAAAUUAGCAAUCUGAAUGAAUAAAUUAUUAAAAAAUAUUAAAAAUGUGAAAUAAUUUUUUACCUUUAAAAUUGAAACAGAUUUUUUGGUUCAAAUUCAAAGGUAAAGGAGUUAAUACUUUUCUUCAUACAGGCCCUAAUGGCUCUCACGUUUGUAUGUGUUUUGAAAUCCUAGGAGUUAACCUACUGGAAAUCAUUAAGCAUUAUAAAUAUGCUGGAGUACCAGUCCAUAUAGUAAGAUCUAUUGGCAGACAAGUUUUAAUUGGCCUUGACUAUUUGCAUAGAAUAUGUGGGAUUAUUCAUACAGAUUUAAAGCCAGAAAACGUGCUAGUCCAGCUUUCCCAAGCACAGGUUAAAGAGAUACUGACCAGAGGGCUUCUUUUGAAUAAAAAUCUCCAGGGAACUCCUCCAAAGGAGCUGCCCCAAAGCAUUUUGUAUCCAGAAAUUGGAAAUAAUGUUGAUGAAGAUGAAUUCAAAAGAAUUCAAAAAGCAGAAAAAAGAAAAAGAUAUAGACAAAGGAAAAAAGAAGCAGAAAAAAAGAAAAAGGCUGCCGAAAAUCCAAAGGAAAAACAAGCUGGACAAAAUGAGAAUUUAAAGUCUCAGGAUCAGAAAAAAAAGGCUGAAAACCAAGAAACGGCACUGCCAAGCCCUGAUAACAUCUCAACACAAACAUCUGAAAAACCAAAAAAAAGGAAAAGAAAGAGAAAUAAGAACAAAAAAGCAGAGCCAGUCGAAGAAGAAAUUUCUGAAAUCCAAGAAGCAGAUUUAUUAAAAAGUUUACAAAGCCCCGAUGUAGAUUAUGAUGAAACCAUCAGAAUAAAAAUCGCUGACUUAGGCAAUGCAUGUUGGGUUAAUAGACAUUUCGCAACAGAAAUCCAAACAAGGCAGUAUAGAUCCCCAGAGGUGAUAUUAGGGAUUGACUAUAAUGCUACAGCUGACGUCUGGAGUUUUGCUUGCAUGCUUUUUGAGCUAUUAACAGGCGAUUUCUUAUUUGAGCCAAGGUCAGGAAAAGAUACAGAUAAAAAUGAAGACCAUCUUGCUCAAAUGAUAGAAACCCUUGGGCUAAUGCCAAAACAUUGAAGUCUUUCAGGAAGGGACUCGAAGAAAUUUCUAAAUAAAUAUGGAAGGCUCAGACAUAUAGACAGGCUAAAUAUUUGGCUGCUUAGGGACGUUUUGAUUGAUAAGUAUAGGUUUAAGGUGGAAGAAGCAGAACAACUAGCUGAUUUUAUGAGGCCAAUGCUUAUAUAUCAGCCAGAAAAAAGAGCGACAGCUCAGGAGUGCUUGAAGCAUCCUUGGAUAUGAAGAACUGAUAAGGAUGAUAUCAAAAUGACUGAAGAAGCAUAUGAAGAAUAUAUGAAAAAAGCUGAAGACCAUAGGCUGCAAAAGCUAGAAAGACUGGAAAGAGGAGAGGCUGUGAGCAGCCCUGAGCUGCCUGCAGAUUUAACAGCAGAAUCUGCAGACUUAGAAGACAAUGACUAUUGGAGUGACGAAGCCUCACUUGAAAUCGACUCUGACGAAGCCCCACUUAUAGACGAAGAAGCGUAUCAUUUGAAAUUGAUUAAUGCAAGAGCUAAGCUUGGAUUAUAA